AUGAAAGCCUUAUCGUACAAUCCCGUAAAGAAGAAAUAUUUUGGUAUGAAUGGGUUCCUGAAUCAUGUUGAGAAAUCUGAAAAACUCGCUACUAAUCUUUAUCAAUACAAAUUGAAAAUAGCCCUUUUCUUGAAUCCUCCCAGGAUAAUCAAGGACGAAACUGGAAAAUGGCAUUCAGAUGACGAAUUCUUCUGGCGAAGAACAAUACACGACCUGAACGGUACAAUAGAGAUUGUUGAAACAACGCCAUACGAUCUGGAUGCUGCAAAGAUUGCUGUCAUGAAAGGCAAGGCGCAUUUUUGUCCACUCAGUUACUUCAGAACCAGCAUUCCUGAAAAUUUGGACUUCACCGCACCUGAUGCUAUUGAAGAUUUGGUAGUUUUGGUACCUAAUUCAGAGUUGAUUCCAAAAAGUACCUAUAUUUUCAUGGUCUUUUCGAAAACAGUGUGGUUUUACUUAUUUUUCUCAAUUAUUUUACUGCUUCUAUUCUUGCUGGUGGUGAACAAGAUGCGCAAAUUCUAUAAGAGAGAGACAUCAUCUAUAGUUUUGGAUAUAAUAAGUUUGCUGCUAGGUAAAUCCAUCAGAAUACAUCCUCAUUACAAUUGGCUGGAAAAGUGUUACCUGUGUCUGUCUCAAAUGAUCAGUAUUGUCAUCAUAGCCGCGUUCAAUUCUGCUUUGAUUUCUGCAGUUCUCAUCGAUAAACAUAAGAACCAAAUAAAUACACUAAGUGAUCUUAAAGAGUCUCAGUUAUCGAUUUAUGCCUUGCCUGAUUUGAAGCACUACGUUGAGGAAUUCGCACCAAUGUUUAAGCCACAGUUGGUGAAAAUACCAAGAAGAAAUUAUAGUUCUUUACUAGAGAAUAAAAUUCAUCAACAAGCUUUAGUAGUGCCCCGUUCUUUGUCACAAGCAGCACUGGAUAAGAUCAAUGACAAAGGUUCUAAUGUUUCAUACAGAACCAUGCAUGAAUCACUUCUUUCUGGGUUUUCUACGUAUUUCUUCACGAAAGGUUCGCCGUUUAUCAGCAUGAUCAACCAAAUGAGAUUGAGAAAGUUUCAAUAUGGUUUGGGCUUGAAGGAUUUGAGGAAACUGAAAGAAGCACCUCGCGAAUUCACUGCAAAAAAGAGAUAUAUUCCGCUAUCUAUGUCACAUCUUGGAGGAAUUUUUGUGUUCUGGCUUGCCGGAGUUGGUAUCUCAAUAAUAGUGUUUUUAGCAGAAAGGUUUCAUAUACUAACUUAUUAG